CACCAAAACGAAAAUGAAUGUGGCGCUUAGUUUUGGAUUUGGGAAUUUGGGGAAAACGUAAACUGAGUGUGAAACCUUUGGAGGGAAAGGAUGAAAAGACGAUGGCGCUUAGUUUCUCCAAGAUAGUAUAUGAUGAGUCGAACUUUGAUUCGUACAACUAAUGAUUACUUUAAUCUCAGUUCCGAAAAGACCAUUUUAAGUCUCUUCAUUUUCUUACUUAACUUCUUUGCUAAGUCAUUGCUCCUACCUUUCCUUCUCGCUGCAACUCAGGUAUUCAUCCAUCAGAAACUAAACUACUGGGAAAUUAAUAGCUAUGGGGGUACCUUCGUUCUAUAGAUGGUUGACUGAGAAAUAUCCUAGGGUGGUGCAAGAUGUGGACCACGCCAUGCAAGACCCAAAUGGAGUGAAAUAUGAUAACUUGUAUCUUGACAUGAAUGCCAUCAUCCACCCAUGUUUUCACCCUGAUACUGAUCAUGACAAUAUUCCAUUUCCAACAACAUUCGAAGAUGUUUUCAGAAAUGUCUUUGAAUACAUUGAUAGACUAGUUGACACUGUUAGGCCUCGCAAGCUCGUUUACAUGGCUAUUGACGGGGUUGCCCCACGUGCCAAAAUGAACCAGCAACGUUCAAGACGUUUCCGAGCUUCUAAGGACAAAGAAAUUCAUGAAGCUGAGGAAGAGAGGUUGAGGGAACAAUUUGAAAUGGAAGGGAAACAAGUUCUUCCUAAAGAAGAAUCUGAAGUGGCAGAUUCCAAUAUUAUAACACCAGGCACUGAGUUCAUGCAUGAACUCUCAAAGGCACUUAAGAACUAUAUCUCUUCAAGGAUACUUUGCAACUCAUCAUGGAAGGAUGUUAUGGUGAUUCUCUCCGAUGCUAAUGUUCCUGGGGAAGGGGAACAUAAGAUUAUGUCAUACAUACGCAAACAGCGUACUCUGGAGGAGUAUGAUCCAAAUACCUGUCAUUGUUUAUAUGGCUUGGAUGCUGAUCUUAUAAUGCUUGCAAUGGCUACUCACGAGCCCCAUUUUUCAAUAUUAAGAGAGGAUGUCUCUGUUCAGCAGCAGCCAAAAGUUGCUGCCAAGCCUUUCAAGCUUUUGCACAUUUGGUUGUUGAGGGAGUAUCUUGAGUUUGACCUGAAGAUAGAAAAUCCUCCCAAAACUUGUAGCAUUGAGCUUGAGCGGAUAAUUGAUGAUUUCAUCUUCAUGUGCUUUUUUGCUGGAAAUGAUUUUCUGCCCCACAUGCCAUCUUUGGAUAUUCAUGAGGGGGCUAUUGAUUUGCUAAUGACUGUUUACAAGGAAGAAUUCAGUAAUCUUGGAGGAUAUCUUGUGGACAUGAGCAGGGUUGGGGAGAAAAAUGCUGCUUUUAUGAAGUUAUCUAGAGUUGAAAAAUUUAUACUUAAGGUUGGUACAUAUGAAGAGAAAAUCUUUAAGAAAAGAUCUGAAAUACGAGAACGUAAAUUGAAAAGGCUUAUUCGAGAUAAGGAGGAUGCUUGGAGGGAAGAAAAGAAUGAAAAAUGUUUCUUUAAUGUUGACGAUGAACAUACUUCUGAUUGUACUCUUCUGAUUAAGAAGGCACCAGAUGCAAGGUUGUCUGUUUUGGUGAAUAAUGUUUCUGCUACAGAUGCUGAAAUUGAGCAAAACACAAAGGAUUUAAAAGAUGAAUUGAAGAGAAGUAUCAGAAAAAAUAGUGACUUACUUUUGAGUGAAGAUUUCCAAAUUGACAAGAUAAAAUUGGGAUCACCUGGUUACAAAGAAAGAUAUUAUAAAGCGAAGUUUUCUGUGGAAACUGCUGCUGACAUUGAGGGAAAAAUGAAAGAAAUAGUCCAGAAGUACACUGAAGGAUUGGUAUGGAUUCUUCAAUACUAUUUUUCAGCAGUUGCUUCUUGGACAUGGUUUUAUCCGUUCCACUAUGGUCCAUUUGCUUCAGACUUAAAGGGCAUGGGUCAAGUGAGAGUAAAAUUUGAAAAGGGUGUCCCAUUCUUACCACUUGAUCAACUUUUAAGUGUUCUCCCUCCAGGAAGUGCUAAUGCUCUUCCAAAAGCCUAUGCACAACUGAUGCUAGAUGAGAAAUCUAGAAUCCUUGACUUUUAUCCUCAGGAUUUUGAAGUUGACACUGUAGGAAAGCGCUUCCUAUGGCAGGGAAUUUGCAAACUUCCAUGGAUAGAUGAUACCCGGCUUGUGGCUGAAACCAAAGAACUCAAAAAUGAAUUAUCUGACAAGGACGCCAUAAGAAAUUCACCCAAUGCAGAUAACUUGUUUGUUAGAAGCUCCAGCAAAUUAGCAGAAAAAUUUGGCUCUCUAUCUCUUGACCCAAAUGUGCCUUGCAAGUUAGACACAAGAAUAAGCAGUGAUGGCAUUGGGGGUAGCAUAGGUCUUUGCCAUGAGUUUGUUAAGGAGCCUUGCUUGUCCGUUUGUGACAACAAAGAAGAUUGUGUCUUAUGUGUCUAUUACGAGGUUCCUGCUGGUACUAAUCAUAUUCCUCGUUUACUAUCGGGUGUGAGCCUUCCAGAGAAGACAAUCUCUGAAGGUGAUAUUUUUGAAACCGAACUCUGGCAUGAACGUCAAUAUAGUCGUUUUCUGAGUCUGCAAAACCAAGACAAACGGCGGAGUGAAAACACGAGCAAUACUCCUCCAAGGUUUUUCUCAGAUCCAAGUAGACAACAUGAAAGAGGCUUUUCAUCAAAUGGAAGUAGCCAACAUGCAAGAAGCUUUUCAUCAAAUGCACCUUCCUUUAUUCACAAAGGUGCUGGUGUUGGAUGGGGUGGUAGAGGGAGAAAAGUUAAUACAGUGGAAAAUGAAAGAAUUCCUAGUCAUGAACAACAUAAUGAUGCAGGCUCUUAUCAUGUAACAACAGCUACUACUACUGAGAGGCAUUUUGGUCGGGGACAAGGUAGGGGUGCAUCUAGUAGCAGUUCAUUGCGGCCUCAGUGGGGUGGUGCAAAAUCUCAGCAUGUGAAAGAUCAUAAUCGUUGGUAAAAUGUGGCUGCAAUAUGAAAUAGAAGAAAAGAAACUAGGAGUUUUGACUUUUACUUUGACCUUGUGACAUUGUUGAUUACUUUUUUGGUUUUGGUAUAGUUGCAUAUGACUAUUUAAGGGUACACAACCUUUUACAGGGUGUACUGAUUUUGUAUGUCAUGUUCCUCACUCUUUUCAUAAGGUCAACUUUUUCUCUUUUUAUGGUUACU